CUCAUAAUCAUCAGAAUUAUCAAUGCACUCACAAUUAAAACUUUUUUCCAAGCGGACGAAUAUUGGCAAGCCCUAGAACCUGCCCAUCAACUAGUCUACGGAUAUGGUUAUCUAACAUGGGAAUGGAGAACUGGACUAAGAAGCUUUAUCCAUCCUCUAUUAUUUUCCAUCUUGUUUCAAAUUGGUGAACUUAUAGGAAUAGGUGAUUUGGGUGUGUCGAUUCUACCAAAGGUUUUCCAAGCAGUUGUUGCAGCCAUUGGUGAAUAUUUUACAUAUAGAUUCAUUUACCAGGUUACAAAAAAUGAAACAAUUGCAAGAUGGGGACUUUUGAUUUCGAUAACAAGUGCCUUCAAUUGGUAUAUCAUAACAAGAACUUUUUCAAAUAGUCUCGAAUUAACAUUGACUUCGAUUGCAUUGGCAUUUUGGAAUUGGGAAAAGGUUGUUGAUUGGAGAUCAAUCAAUAUUAGUUUACUUUUCUCAGCAAUCAGUUGUGCUAUAAGGCCUACAAAUGGUUUGAUUUGGGUCUACUUGUCAAUUUGGUUUGCCUUCAACAAAAGUUUACAACAAAGCACUAGAUUAUUUCUCCAUGCUGUGAUUAUUGGAUCCAUCGUCAUUGGAAUAAACAUCAUAAUUGACUAUUUUUAUUAUGGUGAGCUCACAGUGCCAAUUUGGAAUUUCAUCAAGUUUAAUGUCACCACCUCGUUGUCCAAGUUUUAUGGCGUUGCACCAUGGCAUUUUCAUAUAUUUCAAAGUGUUCCAAUAAUUUUGUUGACAUUUUUACCAAUCUUCAUUUAUGGCUGUUUUAAAUAUCCAAAUUGGCAACUAAAGCUAUUGUUAGCCUUUGUUAUUGGAGCAUUUUCUUGCAUUGAUCAUAAAGAGUUUAGAUUUAUUUACCCAGUUCAACCAAUAAUGUUUUUGAUUACAAGUUCAGGGUUUUAUCAUUUGAAUUUACAUCAUUCUAAAAUUGUCAAAUACUCAGCAUAUAUCAUUAUCAUCUUGAACACGUUAAUAUCAUUAUUUUUCACCCAAGUGCACGAAAGAGGUGUUAUUGACGUUAUUGAAUUUCUCAAAUACGAUCCAGAUGUUGAAUCAAUAGGGUUUUUGACACCAUGCCAUUCUACACCUUGGCAAUCGUAUUUACACAGACCUGAGCUGCAAAACUCGACAUGGUUUCUAACAUGUGAACCUCCAUUACAUCUUUUGAACUCAACAAACUCAAGCAAAGAAGUUGAAUCCUAUAUGGAUGAAUCUGAUAUUUUUUAUGAGGAUCCUAAAGCAUUUUUAUACCAAAACUUUCCACCAGUUUUCAACAAGGAUUUGAGGUCGCCUGGCCGUGAAUAUAAAUACGAAUGGCCAACUCAUCUCGUCGUUUUUCAAGACUUGGAACCUUUUAUUUCACAAUAUUUGAAAGAUUCACCUUAUCAAGAAUGUGCUAGGUUCUUUAAUACCUAUUUUCAUUGGGAUGAUAGAAGAAGAGGUGAUGUCAUUGUUUAUUGUAAAUGGCCAUGGGAAUGA